AUGGCCUCAUCAUUGCUUCUUUGCAUCGCCUUGAUGGCCGCUGGCCCGUUGCUCGCCCUCGCUCAGACGCUGGAUAAGCCUGCGCUCACCCCUGAUCUCGACUACUUAGAGCAGGGAGCCAUCGAUAACCUUGCUCCUACUCAAAGUACGAAUGAUCAAUGGGGUUCUGGUUGGAUUCCCUCCGAUUGCAAAGACAUUGCCAACAACGAGGGCAAGAACCCCGAUGACUUUGAGAUCUACAACGUCCACUACGAUGAUUGUGACGAUGCGUGGGUAUUCUGUCGCCACAAGGAUACCCCGACAGAUCUAAUCACAACGAUUGACAUCUUUGGUCGACUUCCCGUCGCUAUGCGCAGCUGGGUGAGACACGUCCUAACCAUUCCAGGCGAUAACUAUGCGUAUAAUUCCAAUGGCAACAUUGCUUUCUUUGGAACAACUAGUGGCAUCAUGGAUGUGGCGAUUCACGAGACUGGACAUAGUCUUGACUUGCUCGGAGCUUAUGGUGAUCAGUUGUCUUCUAGCCAAGACUGGCUUGACAACUACAAUCAAGAUUCAAAUGUGCCAGACAAUUAUGCUCAGACAAACCAGAUCGAGAACGUUGAGCAGAACACUGUCGUGAGUGUUUACGAUAAGGUCGUCCCCGGGGGAUUCGGUUCUGCCCAGCCCAACUGGAAUAACAUCUUCCAUCAGUAUGCAACGCUUCAGGGGAAGGCUGGCGAUCAAAUUAUCCCCGGUGGAAGCUGUGAUCGUCACCUCGUUAACUCCGAAACUGUUUCCACUAGCGAUUCAGCAGCUGCUGCGAUGGUAGAUGCCGUUGAUAAACCAGUCACUUCAUUCAAAGGAAACUACACCAAGAUUUUGAAAACCCACGCCAAGUUUAACACCAAAGAAAGCUGCUACUUUGGAAACUAA